GUUGAAGUGCCCGAAGAGGAAGCAGAGAUUUCAAUGCACGCAAUGGCAGGGAUCCGGGGGCCUCGGACGAUGCGAUUGCCAACUUGGGUCAAGGAUCGUAGGGUGAUGGUGCUCAUAGACAAUUGGUCAUCACACUUCAUUAAUGCUGACUUGUCCCAGAAGCUGAAUUUACCAACCACAAAGAUUGAGCCUUUUGAGGUACGAGUAGCUAAUGGUGAGAGGUUUCAAUGCACUGAAUCCUUUCGAAAUGUGCCAAUCAAGUUCCAAGGAGUUACGGUGAAGGCUGAUCUCUAUGCUUUACCCCUAGUCGGACCUGAUGUCGUUCUAGGAGUCCAAUGGCUCGAAGGAUUAGGCAAGGUGACCACCGACUACCGGACUGGAGUUAUGAAGUUCAAAUCUGGAGGUCGGCAAGUCACUCUGAGCACAGGCACUGAGAAAGGUACUAAAGAAGUUGGGUUGAAGAGUAUCGAAAGAGUUUGGCGAAGUGGCAGUCAAAUAUUCGCAGUAGUGGUUGAAAAUAAGGAGCCGCACACGGAAGAUACCGGACAGCAGCAAGGCGAUGUGCGCAAGCUUCUUGAGGAAUUCGAAGGAGUGCUAGGCGAACCCAAGGUCCUACCACCUCACUGGGAGUUCGACCACCACAUACCUCUGAUUAAUGUGCAGCAUGCAGUACACGUCCAUCCCUAUAGGUACGCUCACUUCCAGAAAACUGAGAUUGAGAGGCAGGUGGCUGAGAUGCUAGAAUCGAGGUUAAUUCAGCAUAGCAAGAGUCCCUUUUUUUUACCAGUACUGUUAGCUAAAAAGAAAGAUGGCACGUGGAG